CCUUAUCCAAUGACAUAUUGAAACUCAUCAUUUCUUUAUAAAUAAAAACCCGAAACAAUAAGUGCAUUAGCAUUACUCUUCUCUGAAAUCAACUAUUGCAGAAACAAACAGAUGAUUCAAACAGUGCCUUUCGAUUCUUCUUCAUCUUUAAGCAGUUUUCUUGUUAAUUGGUCAAGAUCAAGUUCAAGUUCAAGAACCAUUCGUUGUUCUUCAAGAAACAAUGCUUAUAUACCCAAGCUGGAGCCGUUUAGCAGAAGCAAAAUUGAUAGAGCUUUUAAAGAACCCCCUUUGAUUCAGAAAUCAGAAACCCAACUUGCAGAUUAUUGUUCAACGCUUGAAGGGGAUGAAUCUUAUAGCUGCUGGAGGGCAUAUUUUGAGCUCAAACAACUUGAAGAAGAAGUCCCAAAGGAGGAGUUAGAAAGACUAAUUAUUGAAGCUGGUGGUGUAAAAUCUCUAGUUGGAUGUUUACAUGGAGUUGCAGAAAUUCACAAAGCAAAGAAGGAAUGCAAGGAGUCGCUGAAGCACGCGACUGCAAAAAAUGCAGACACGGUGCCUUGUCCGAUCCCGGAUGGUUUGCCCAAGACGUUCGACGAGCUCGAGGAAGAGGAGAAAGCUAGAAUGCCGGAUUCGCCCUUCACAAGAUUGCUUAGAGCUAGAGGACGAUACCCGGCUUGGUAUUCUCCAGUGCCUGAUCACGAGACAGAUUGAUGAUGAUUAUCGGCUCAUCCUGAUUCAUGAUCCUUUGUGAAAAUGUACCUAGUAGUUUGAACAAUUUGUGACCUCUUCAACAAGAUUGUAAAUAGAGUUUUUGCAUCGAACUUUGUCGUGUUAGUGGUAUAAUAUAACUCAAAAGAUAUGUUAAUAUAUGUAUAAAAGAUGUGGCUUAUUGAACAAAUUGAGUUUGUUUUAGCAAUGAGCUUGAUUUACA